UUUCCCUUUCGCAAAUGGGGCUCGAAAAUGUACGUUCGUACAUGUAGAUCACACUACUAUUGGUAUAUCCCAUGGCAGGAGAAGUUUGGGGUUGGACUAUGACCUACAAGAUCCCUUCCAAUUCUGUUAUGUUAAGGUUAUGCAAAGCGCAGAAAAAGGGUUUAAACAUUCAAAAGGAAAACUUGCUAAUUCUAUACACCAAUACCAUUCGCUCUUUUUUUGGGGGGGGGUAGGGGUGCCUUCGGGUCAGUGUUGACUCCUGGAGUAGUCUCUGUACUCUGGAAGUGGUUUGCCAUUGCCUCUCUCCUAGGGCUAAGAAAGGGUUUCCUGGUUUCUAGCCUGAUGACUUACUCGUUACAGUACUUCAAGCACCACAUCUCCCUAUCUCUCUGAAAACCAUUUUUGCUUCUAUCACCUCCUAUAUUGCCUAGUUUCUCACCUUUCUCAUUAACUCCAUUCAGCUGUGCACUUUUGCAGUCUUCUCCCUUUUCUCCACUCAUCCAGUCUUCCUUCAUAUAUUGCUUUUGAGACGUGAUUCUUAAUUCAUUAUUUAAAAUGUAUUCAGUGUUGCUGGAAUUCAGUUGAAGCCUGUUAUUCCCCAUAAUCUCCAGGCAUUGGGAUAGGAUAUCAAGAGCAUCGAUUAAUUUAUCAGGGGUAAAGAUGUAUUGAUACUUAUGUCACCAAGACAUAUCGUGGUGGCAGAUGAGCUUAUCCAAUAGUUCAUGUCGUUGUUACGUAGAGAGAGUACUAGAGCUUCCAGGUAAGGAAUGGUGAGGUAAGAUGUCUCUGUAAUGGGUAGAGAUGAUGAUUAUAGAUAAGACCAAAGGAAUGGCAUGUAGAUUGGUAGCAUAGAAUAUUUCUGGACAAGGAGAAGAUGGGAGAUUGCCCACUUGCACUCUGGCUAUUCCUUGCAAGGACAGGGCAGCAGUUUCCUAUGGGUUUUGAGUGUCAGGAGACAAAGGGAAUCAUCAUGCUCUCAACCAUGGUGGAGACUUUUAAGGACACUGAGUUUAUUAAUUCAUUUUCUAAACACUUUUGAAAAUUACCUAUUCAAGUAUCUUAAGGAUAUUAGAGAUCUUCUAAACAAGUUUGAAAAUGACUACCUUCAUUUUGAAUAAAAGAAAAAUUAACUAUAAUUAAGAGCAUAAAGAAUUAGAAAUAAAUGAAAAAGGGUAAACAAAAAUCUGAUUUAAGAAAGUUAUAAAUGAAUUAAAAGAUCGGACAAACUUGGAAUAAAAGAAUAUUAGGACUUUUGCUGUUAGAUUUUGGAAAUAAUUAUAUAAAUAAACAGCACAUUCAUAGGAACUAACUUGUUGAGUAUAUCCUAAAUCAAAACAGAAAUCUGAAUCUUUAUGGUGUUAGUAAUUGAAUCUAUUAUAGGGGGCCUAGAAAUUUCAGGCAAAAAGAAAAAAAAAGAGAAAAUAAUGAAAAGCCUGUCUCAUCUUUGGUCAGCAGUGGAUCUUACAAAUGACAGAAAAUGUUAUGACAUUUGAAAUACUUCAGGAGAUAUUUGAAGUAUGGGGUCAAAAACUAGCAGCAAUGCUUUUAGGAAUAGACUAUGUCUAAAAUAUAUUAAAGAAGACAUUACUGAUGUGAAAGAGAACAUCUUGGAAGAUUUACAACAUUAAAGAGAUUGCACUCUGAUUCAGGUAAGUCUGAGGAUACAGAUAACGCCCCCAGUGGCUUUAACAUUCUCAGAGAACUAACGAUAGAUCAGAGUGCAAAGAUCGGCUCACUGUGAAGUAUAUAAAUCCUUCUACUUCCUACGAGAACUGAAGAAGCUUCUUAAAUGAGAAAUGAAAUGUUUUCAAAGAAAAAAACCAAGAAAGUCCAGCUGCCUUUUGGAAAAAAGCAUUUUUGGGACCCUGAUGCAGAAAUAUCAGGAUAUAAAAAAUUUGCAAACAUACUAGAAAAUAUAAAAAAUAUGAACUAUAAGACAGAAAACCUUAAAGUGGAAUUACAAAUAACAAGCCAAGAGAUUGACCUGGAUAACAACAUUUUACUGGACUUACAAAAGAAAUUGGAUAAAGUCUUGUAGAAAUCUUUAAGGUAGAAAGAAGCUUCAAAUCAUGCAAGGGCCUGGACAGAGCAUCCAUCAGGAGUUCCCUAGAUCAAACACAUCUUUAUUAUGUGCCAUCUGACAGCAGAAAUGUUUCUUCAGGGCCUGGGUGCUUCAGUUCUUCCGAAACUUAUUUGGAGGCAGCAGACAUGUAACACAAGAAGGGGAGAAACCUAUGACAGGUGUGAAAGAGAAAGAUGACAUCAAAAGUGAGCUCUUGGACUGUGCCCUGUCUGACACUGAAGUAGCUAUCCCAAGCCAAGAGCCUUGCAUUCCCAAGACGACUUCUAGUGAGAUCUGCCCGGUGGUAAUGAGUGGCCAAACUGAGGAGCUCCCCCUGAUGAAGGAAGCAACUCUUGGAGACACUGCCCUUAAGGAUGAGAACGAACUCUCUGCUUUAUUUAACUCAACCAGGAUGGACCUAGGAGACACAGACCCCUUUGCUGAAUCUGUGCUAAGUAACAAUGAAAGAGUUUCUGUUGCAGGAGAGAAGGACCAUAAUUCUAGUGACAGAGGAACACUAGAAAAGCAUGAAAUCACCCCAGUUAUAUAUGCAGAUGAUGGAGUUUCAAUGGCUGCUGGAUCCAUGGCAGAUAUUAAGGACUGUAAUGUUGAAGAUGAAAUGGAGCAUCUGCUGAAAGAAGAUGUACAAAAAGAACCUCCAAAAUCGGAGCUUUCUCCCUGGAACAGACUCAUUAAUAUGUACAAGCAGCGCCGGAGGCUUCCUGCUUCUAAAGUGAUUCCACUCUGCCUACCCAUCCAGUCCAAUAUUCAGGCUAUUCCAACACAGCCAGUAACUGAAGACGAAGCCACACUGGAUCUUAUGAUAUAUGGAAUUGCAAAUCCCAAUGCUGCAACAUCAAGUUCCCCUAAGGCUUUUUGCAUCCUAGAGCUGCCUGAAAAUGAAAUCAGGGAAAUGGCUGGUGACUGUGAGAUAGCAUGUCAAGAUACAGGAUCAAAUGGUAGUGGUAGCCCGGAGCAUUUUCAGAGCAUGUUGUGAAAUGACACUGCUGGAUUCAACUUGAGUCUGACAGCUUUACCCGUCUCAACUUUACACAGGGAAGAUCUAUUAGAAAAAAAGUAUUUUCUAUCCACCAGGACAUUUCAAAUUUUUGUGUAUUUUUCUUUCUUUACUUCGUGGAACAAAUAGCUGCUCAUUAUCUAUGUUCUCUUAUUUUCUGUGGAAUAAGUCUUGUUAAAAUUAGCAGAUGUAUUUCAGCAUAUGUUUCAGACAGAUAAAUUGUUCUAUUGCUUCUCUUUCUUUCUCCUCCUAGAAUACAGUUUUACAAUGAAUUUAUAUUUCUGUGUUGAGCAUUUAUCCUGACAUUGUGACACUUAGCUCAUUCACAAGGCACAUGAUGCACUUCCCCAACUGUCUAUUUUCCUGUCAAUAUUCUGAGCUUUGGUUGGGGUUUUUCUUUUGCCUGUGUUUAUAGCAGUUAUAUGGAAUAAUCACUAUUUCUAAACAUUACUAAGUAAAAUGUUUUACACUGGG